CUACUCUUGUUCUCUCCCUCACAUCGUAUCUUUCCAUUGCCUCGCCAUCACUCUCGCCCUGUCUCCGUGGAUGGACGUGAGGAGUCUAGAUGGUCGCCAAGGCGAUCAGACAGCUCCCGACGUCGCUAUGAUGGAUGCAGGUGAUACUCGUCCGCCAGAUGGCGCGGAUGCUCCUCGUCCUGAAACCUCGAUUGCGAUACCACCACCUCAGCCCAUUAGCUUGGAUCAGCAAGCAGACGAGGGAGCAGACACUACGAUAGAUGGCGAAGCAGGAGAGGAUGAAGAUGGAGGCGUUAUUCGCUGCAUCUGCGGCAUCAGCGACGAUGAUGGUUUCACCAUCCAGUGCGAUCGAUGCUUGGUCUGGCAACAUUGCGCCUGCUUUGGCAUGUCAUCUGCGAGCGUACCAGAUGAAUAUCUCUGCGAGCUAUGCGAUCCUCGGCCAGUCAAUGUCGCCUUUGCUCAGGCUCAUCAACAGCGUAGGCUGGAGCACGACGCUCGCAAGGCUAAAGCAGAGCGAGCAUUCAUCGACCGGCGAAUGAGCGAAGUUGCAAAGUCGCCCGUCGAGGCGCCCUCGUCGUCACCCUCGCUACCUCUUCAGCCUCUCGAGUCAGCCUCGAAGCAGUCUUCAUCUCCUCAACUCCCUCCGCCAAAGCUUCCGAUCCCACCUCGAUCUCGCAAGCCCAGCCAGAACAUCGACCUCUCCAAUACUGAAUUCGUGGCGCCUGAUCUGCCUACGCCAACUGCUGGCCCUUCCAAGCCAUCGAUGACAGGCCGUCGCAAACCUGGCCCCAAGCCUGGAUCGAGGAAGACUCCUCUAGCCACACCGACAUCAGCCAGCGCCACGACGCCAAAGACAUUCUCCUUCCCUCCAACAACGACGCCGCGAGAGGACAAGACGGAAGAUGAUGCCUUGACGGCGGCGGAAAAGAUGGAGGCCUGGCACUUCGACUUCACGCCCAUCAGCCGCAAUCUCGUCACUGAGAGUCGCGUCAUCGAUGUUCUUGCAGCUGCCAUGGUCGACUAUGAUGCGGGUUCCCCCCUCAAGGCUGUCCAAGAUGCAGACGGGCGUCUACGCGCUCCUCUCGCCGCCAUGCCGGAUCAGCUGGCGACAGAGGGCGACGAUGCCGAGCAGUUCGACGUCGACCAGAUGGACGCGAAUGCAGCCAACGCCUCGACAGCCGGGCAUGUCUUCGGUCUCUCGGCGAUAGGCAACGAAUGCGUCCCCAUCGAGCUGCACGCCUCCUCCCUUAGCAGCGUUGCCUGCCCAGUCUACGUCCGCAACAUCUCCGAUGCAGCCUCAGCCGCCGUCUUCACCAACGUCAGCUACAUCGCAACUCUGCCCAACGAGCGUGCGAGGCCAUGGUGCGCUACGCGGGCUUUCUCCAAGCCGAGCAUGCAUGGUCUCUUCGCCGAGAGUGCUAUCCGACCUGGCUCAUUCAUCACAGAGUAUCGCGGCGAGCUUACCACGGCGGAAUCGUAUCGCGCAGACCCGAUGAAUCAGUACGGCGUCCUGGGCGCUACAAAGCCACAUGCCCACCUGUUCCCCCCGCCACUCAGCCUAGCCAUCGAUGCGCGACGCUUUGGCACUGAGGCGCGCUUUGCCCGCUUUGGCUGCCAUCCCAACGCCGUACUGCGGCCUAUCUUGUUUUAUCGCGACGUUUCCGGCCAGGAGAUGAGUGACUCUCCCCACUCGAUCUCAAGAGCUGGCACACCUACUUUCACUCACUUGGCCACCGACGAGCUUCCCUCGGCGGAAGCCGAGCUGCGCUUCGGUCUCUUCGCUCUCACCUCCAUCAAGCCCUCCCAAGAGAUCAUCCUAGGCUGGGAAUGGGACGAUCAGCACAUCGUGCACUUCCUCCCCGAAAUCAUUCGCAAUCCCGCCCUCGAGACCCCGAGCAGACCGCGCAGCGUCACCGUGGUGGAGAUGGCGGACAAGGGGGACUUUCCUUACGCGUCGACCAUCUUUUCCAACAAGAUGAACGCGGCCACUGCAGCUCUGCUCAGUAUCACUCUGUGCAGCUGUAUUGGGUCUGCCACUCCUCAAGCCGGCUCGGGAUCAAGUGGCAGCCAUUCGAACGCUCGCAAGCACGAUUGUGCUGUUGCGCAGAUGUUGCGUGUUGGGCAGGGAAUGGGCUUGCUGAACGUCAACAUUCCGGGCAGUGCGAGGAAUACCCACAGAAGGGUGAAGACUCCAGACUUUUCUCCAUUGGUCGGGGCGAGGAGGGCAUGGAGGAGUCUCGGUAUGCCGCCUCUGACGCCUCCGCAGUCGCACAUCGAUGAGGGAAUGGAGGUGUCGCUGAGAGAGCAGGUGCUAAGGAGUGGGAGGGUGCCGACGAAGCUGUUGCCCAACGGGAGGGUGGCGCGCGUGUACGAGGCCGACUUGGCUGCUGCGAUAGGUGCGGUUGAAGCUGCUUCCUUCGACAGGAAGUCGGAGAGCAUCUUGGCCGCUGCGCUACAUGAAGAAGGAGAGCCAAGCUCUCCUCUCGGCCCAUACGACAGCGAUGACGAUGCGACGGACUCGGACGCAACAGCCUCGGACGCCUCUUCCCUGACCGAGCCCCUCUCCGGUCUCAGUCAGAUCAGUGACGACGAUGACGACGAGGACGGUCUCACCGCUAUCAAGCUCGAAGACGAAGAAGCCGGACCCGCCGUUCUGCCCUUGAAGAAGCGCAUCGCGGGCACACGCCUCAAAGCCAAUCACAUCCAUCACGACGAUCCUGAUGCUGAGGACAAGACGAAUCGCGGCAACGCAAGAAAGGCGCAGAGGGCAGCUGCGACUAUGAAGGCCAGGGCAGAGGCGAAAGAGCUGAAACGCAGAGUGGCUGCAGGUAGGAAGGGCGCAAAGCCUUCGAAGAGGGCGACGCCAUUCGCUUCUUCGUCUGAUGAGGAUGAGGAAGCGGAAAUUGCGGGGCAGAAGGUGACGGCACCGAGGAAGAAGGUGUCAUCUUCGAAACGAGCAGGCGGGAGCAAGAGAAGCGCUCUUGCCGACCCAAGCUCGCCGCUCAGCAGUGCGCCAGGCAACGAAAGCGAUCGCGACAUGAGUGACGACGACGGCGCAGCCCCACCACGAGCAGACGUACGCAUCCCGUCCGCCAUUCCUGAGAUCUACGAGAGCGAUCUCAGCGAAGAAGAAGACGACGAUCCUUCGGAGCCCAUCGGGCGACGCCCAUCGCACAGCGGAGAGCAUGGUGACCGCGACGACGACGCCGGGCUGAAGCGCAAGAAGAAAAAGAAGGACAAAAAGGCUGCCGAAAAGGAGCGUCGUCGCAGCGAGCUGGCGGCGCUUGCUGACUCCGAAUCUUCCGUCGAGGAUGAGCAGGAGCAGCAGCGCAGCAAGAAGCGCAAGAUUGAUACAAAGGCAGGGAAAGAGUCGAAGAAGAAGAGAAAGAGGAGGAUGGCCUCGACGAUGAUGUCGGACAGUGAGAGUGAUGGCAUUCCUUCGGCGGAGCAGAAGAUGGUGGAGACGAAGCAGGAGAGCUCGCCGAUGCUACCACCUUUCGCAGAAGGCCGAGGGGACGGAGAGGCUGAGAUGGGGCCGGACACAGACGCUCAAGCACCAGCAGAGCCUGAGCGCGAGCCUACGCCAGUCCCCGCACCAGAGCCAGAGAAGCCUCGCGCCAAACUCUCCCUCGCCGACUGGAAGAAGCAGCAAGCGGAGAAGCGCAAGGCCUCCCUCGACAUUGGUGCAGCAACUUCAGCUGCAGCUGGCAUGUCUCCUCCAUCAGCGACAGUUUCGGGGGCGGGCAAUCCUCUCGACCAGAUCAACACCACCCAACUCGCGACACCAGUCUCUGUAGUUCCACCUUCACCGAGCGUCUUCUCGCCUAAUGUCGAGAUGGGCACCGCCUCCUCGACGGCAAUGACGCCGCAAGCGCCUCUACCUCCUGCCCCGCUCCCACCACGCUCGAUGGGCGAGGCAUAUCUCGCACCGCGCUCGCAAGCCGACAACUACUUUCCUCCUCCAGCACCACUGGCACCGACCUCCAUGCCGCAGGCUGGCUCGGCUGGAGGGGUCGAUACGUCCUCGAUGCCAAGCAGCGCUUACCCUUCGGCCUCGCCGGCUUUCUCCCCUCCUGCAAGCGUCAGCACCUUUGGGAGGCAAGUCUUGUCCCCCUCGCCCAUGCCUGGAGCCGGCAUGGGUUCGAAUACGAGCUCAGCAGCACUGGCAUCACCUACGGCCAGUAGUAGCGCCAGCGGGAGCGGCAGCUUUGCUCGGCCCAUGCCGCCCGCACCAGCACCGCCGCCACCGACUGCAGCGCCGAUGACUUCAGCUCCGCGUCGUCCCUCGUACACGAGCCAAGGCUCGCCACCACCGCCUCGUCCUGUGCCGUUGGCGAGCAGUGCUAGCCCGCCGAGCAAGGCGCCUUUGCCCGGGUGGGGAGCCAGAUCCGCUAGCAUGGCCGCCAGUGGUGGGGGAGGAGCAAUGGGUAGUGUGCCGCCGCCCUUGCCUCCGCCUUCUCACACAGGCGCUCGACCAUCGAGUCGCCCGCCACCGCCAGCUCCCAUGUCUGCGGCACCACAGGCCCCUACGGCAACGGGCGCAGGCGGAGCAUCCACGCAAUCCUUUCGACCCGUAUCAGCAGCCGGACCGAGCACGUUCGAGCCUCCACCGAGCCCGCGGGUGCGACCGCACAUGCACUCGUCGUCAUUUUCUGGCACGCCAUUGGGAUCCAAUACCCCAGGCGGGCCAGCAGCACUUCGGCUUGGCGGAUCACCACCUAAUGCUCUGGGAGGCAGCGCAGGUCCGGGGGCAUCAGGAGGACUGGCAGCUCCCUUCAAUCCUCCUAAGGGACCGAAGGCGCUUAUGAACCAGCAGCAGAGCCAACAUCAAGACAGGCAGCAGCAAGGUCCCCCUGGCGGUAACGCGGCCACAUCAGGUCCAAAUGCGACGCCCAUCGGGCAUCCACCCUCUGGUGCCCCGCCCCGCCAACACAGCAAUAGCGUCACGUCUUCCUCCGGCAUCGGCGGAGGCUCACCGCCCAGCUUCACCUCUGACCUCCCACCCGCCGGCGCAGGUCCCGCUCCUCCGCUCAACGCGCCAAGUGGGCCCAAGCCCAAGGGCUUGAGUGGAAGUGUGGACGGUGGCUCUCCGCCGCCGUCGCCCAGCGUGGGACUAGGGCCGCAGAGAUUGGGAAGCGGUAAUGGCUUGAGCAUUUUAGGCAGAGGAGGAGGAGCCAUGGGCGCUAAUGCGGGAGAGCGUGGUGGGCGAGAUGAUUGGGACGCAAGAGGAGGAGCAGGAGCAGGAGGAAUGCAUGGCGGAUUCGGUCCGUCGGGACAUGGACAUAGCCACGGAGGGUUGGGAGGACAUCACGGUGGGCACGGCCAUGGUGGAGGACGAGGCUGGGGAGGACGAGGAGGUGGACGUAGAGGCGGACCGCCAGGCGCAGGCGGGGGUGGACCUAUGCCUGGAUCAGGUUGGGGGGCAAGAGCAAGGGGAAGGGGGAGAGGUGGUGGACCUCCGUAGAAUGAUCGAGACGCAGCAUUUGACCUAUCAGCACGUCCGACUUCCACUUGUCAUCUCAUUUGUUGUAUUUACCAUCGACU